CGACGGCCUGCUUGCCGACGCUUCCGGUUUAUUUGAAAACAUGCGGAAAAUCCCGCCUGUUUGCUUGGUUUUAUUUUUCCUGACGCUCGUCGGCGGCAUCAAGAAGAAAACCAUCAAUAUCGGAAUAUUCCUGAAUGAUGAUGAUCAUUAUGAAACAUCCACCAUAGCCCUAACGAGCGUGGUGAGACGAAUAAAUCUCUACACUAAAGUGGAAUAUCUGCUGAGGCCGCACAUAUUCCGUACCCAAAAACACGAAAUAUGGAAAACAGGACAAACGGCCUGCAAUCUACUGCGAAAAGGCGUAGCCGCCAUUUUCGGUCCCGAGCACCCGGAAAUAAACAGCAUGAUCCAAUCCAUAUCGACCAACCUGGAAAUACCGCAAUUCCAGACGUUCUGGAACCCGCUUCAGGCGCCUUUCGUAACCAACCAACAACCGGAGAAACCUUUGCAAAUAUUCAAUUUACACCCGAGCCCUUGGAGCCUUUCCAAAGCACUCGCCACGUUGAUUAGGGAAAACGAUUGGAAAAGCUACGCUAUACUCUACGAAAGCGACGAGGCUCUUUUGAGGCUAGAGCAACCGCUCAAUCAGCUCCAUCCCAACGAUCCUGCGGUGGCCUUUAAGGCCUUAGGAUCGCCCGAAAAUUACAGAGUGGUGUUGAAGGAAGUGAAAAAUUCGGGCGUGUUGCACUUUGUGUUGGAUUGCGAAGUCGAGCGCAUAAUGGACGUGUUAAAAAUAGCCAAAGAACAGAAUUUAAUGACCGAAUUCCACAGUUACAUAUUGACUAAUCUGGACGCGCACACUUUAGAUUGGUCCGAAUUGAAAAAUAUCCGAUCUAACAUCACGGCUCUAAGGAUGAUAGAUCCUGCGGAUCCUCACGUAAAAAACGCCGCCUUAAUUUGGAAUCAAAACAUGAAAUAUGACAUAUUGGAUACCGUUAAAAACGCUGCGAUACAGAAGGAACUGAACCGAACGCGACCGAAACGCAGGACAUACAAUGAUAUUCUACCGAGCAAAUUACUGACGAAAACUAUACUUUUGUACGACGCGCUGAAUCUGUUUAUAUCGAUAUUCUCCGAGCUGGAUUCGAAAUUGAACGUUACUUUGAGACCGUUGAGCUGCGAAUCGAACCUCACCUCCGAACACGGAAGGCUAUUUUCCGAUCUCCUGAUACUGAAACGGAACCACCACUUGCUCCUGCAACCCCUAACGGGCCCCAUUACCCGAUUCGAUACGAUCGGUUACCGCCGAGCCUACAGAUUGCAAAUCGUCGAAUUGGAAGAGGCGAAAUUCCGCGUAACAGGCACUUGGGACUCCUCUGCACCCGACAAACUCAACCUCACCCUCACCCAAGAGGAGAGAGUCACGGAGUUGAAGAAGAAGAUCCAAAAGAGGAACUUCAGGGUGGUUUCCAGAUUGGGCGAUCCGUAUUUGAUGAGGCUGCCGGAUCCGCCGGGCAAGCCACUUUUGGGCAACGACAGGUUCGAAGGCUACGCCGUGGAUUUGGUGUCGGAGAUCUGCAAGCCGCAGCACUUGAAUUGCAGCUACACGUUCGAACUGGUCCCGGACGGGAUGUACGGAAACUUCGAUCCGGUCACCAAGAAAUGGAACGGGAUUAUCAAGGAAUUGUUGGAAUACAGGGCAGAUCUCGGAAUAUGCGAUUUGACUAUCACUUAUGAGAGAAGAAAAGCGGUGGAUUUUACGAAUCCUUUCAUGUAUCUAGGAAUCAGCAUAUUAUUUUCGAAAGCCGUUAAAGCCCCGCCGGAUUUGCUCACCUUCAGCCAUCCGUUGUCGUUCGAAGUCUGGAUAUACAUAGCUACAUCGUAUCUCAUCGUCUCUUUGAUAAUGUUCAUCGUAGCCAGAUUGAAUCCCAACGAUUGGGAGAACCCGCACCCUUGCAACCCCUACCCUUCCGAAAGGGAGAACAUAUGGACGUUCAGGAACUGCUGUUGGUUGACCAUGGGUUCGUUUAUGACGCAGGGAUGCGAUUUGUUACCCAAGGGUAUCUCGACGCGACUGGUGGUAGCGAUGUGGUGGUUCUUCGCUCUGAUAAUGACCGCUUGUUAUACGGCGAAUAUGACGGCAUUUCUGACCAGUUCCCGCAUGGGUUCGACCAUCGAAAGCGCCGAAGACUUGGCCGCUCAGACCAAAAUCAAAUACGGCUGCGUUGAUGGCGGGGCGACUUCGUCCUUCUUCAAGGACACCAAUUUCUCGACGUACCAUCGGAUGUGGGUGCAAAUGGAGUCGGCUGAUCCGAGCGUGUUCGAGAAAUCGAACAAAGACGGCGUGAAGCGGGUGGUUUCCAGUAAGAGAAAGUACGCUUUCGUCAUGGAAAGCUCCAACAUCGAAUACGAAAUGGAGAGGAAUUGCGAUCUGGUGCAAGUCGGGAACCUGUUGGAUUCCAAAGGAUACGGAAUCGCCGUACCUUUCAACGCGCCUUACAGGAAGGCCAUCAACGAGGUCCUGUUGAAGAUGCAGGAAAUGGGGCUCCUUCAAACGCUGAAGGAUAGAUGGUGGAAGGAGAAACACGGGGGUGGUAAAUGCACGAAAGACAAGCAAUCAGACGAUGCGGCUGCUACUGAGAUGGGUUUCGAUAAUGUCGGCGGGGUGUUUGUUGUUCUCGCCAUAGGGGUGGUUUUCUCCCUUAUGAUGGCCGUUUGUGAGUUCCUGUGGAACGUUAGAAAGGUUGCCGUGAGGCAAAAGAUCACUCCUAAGGCAGCGUUGAUUCAAGAAUUGAAAUUCGCAGUGAACAUUUGGGCGAGGCAGAAGACGGUGAACGCGGCGAUUUCGAUGGAAAAAUUCGAUUAGUUUUCUAAAAGAUUUCCUUUAUUGUAACAGCAAAGUAACAAUACUAAAUUGUGCUUUACGAAAUGACGGUUUGCAGGAAUACACUCGCUAAAAUUUAAUAGGUAAAUUUCGUGCUCGUACGGAAUGAGUAUUAAUGUAUAAACGCAAUGGUAUAUCGCGUAAAUUACUUCUCGGAUUGCUCCUUUUUUAUAGUGAAAGCCAACCAACAGGCCAGGACGAUUCCGAUUAUCUGAAAAUAUAAUGUUUUAUAUUAUUUUUCGUUAUAUUCCAUAGACAAACCCACCUCUAUGAAAGCUAUCCCGAUCCCGACGCCUACCAGGACUUUGGCAUUUUGUUCCACUUGCUCCGUUAAAUAGGCGAAACAACCCUUCUGGUACAUGUAAUUCCCCACGCCGUAGUCGGUACAAUACUGCACCGUCUCCUGCUGUUGUUCCUCCGUGCAGCAGGACAACGGGAUGUUCUGGCCUUGCCAAUCGGCCGGACCGUUCACUCCGCAGCAUUUUA